AAGAUAUAUAUAUUUUUAUAUAUAUUUAUAUAUUGUUUAUUAUUUAAAUAUAUAUAUAUAUACAUAUUUUUUUUUUUGUUUUUUUUUUUAUAAUUAAAAAAAAAAAAAAAUUUAUAAAUAUACAAGAAAAUGAAAGGAAAUAAACCAGAAGCGUAUGAUCUAUUUUUAUAUUUAGAUUCAUUAAGUAUAGGUAGUUUACAAUCCAUUUUAAAAUGUAAUAAUCCUACACACUAUUAUUUCGAAAAACUUCUACCAUUGAUUAAAUUAAUAGAUCAUCUCAGUAAUAUGGAUAAAUCAAUUUCAGAAUUAUUUUAUGAAAGAAUGCGAUUUAAAUCAGAACUGUUUGACUCAAGUAAAAUUAAACAUUAUAGUGAAAUUAUUCAAUUUAUAAAGAAAUAUCAAGAGUAUUUGCCUGUUGAAAAGAGAAAAACUAUAUUGGAGUUCUUUGAUAAGCUAAUUAAGCAUUGGACUACUUACACAAUUGACAUAGAUUCAAGUUUAAUCGGAUUGGCCCCAAACGAUGGUACAGUAUCCAAAUUAGCACAGGAUAUAGAAUUAUUAAAAGUUAACAGCAGCAAAGAAAUGGCCCAAAUUAUGAAGGAAGAAGAUUUUAUAAAAAAUAUGUUAAAGUGGAGCUCAUUUGAAAAUCCAAUAGAGCUAAUGAAGCAAAUUAGACAUUAUUCAUCAUUAUUUAGGGGUGUCGAUAAAUUAAAAAAGGGUGACAUUAUAGUUGUUCGUUUUACAACCCUUACUCAAGUAUCCCCAUCUUCAUCAUCUUCAUCUUCAGGUAGUUCAUCAUCUUUAAAUAAUAGUAAUGCUAUACCUGUAUCGGGUUCAUUAUCCUCGCUACCAUUCAUGGUAAUUGCAAGUGGCUCACCAAGUAUAUUGGGAAAUUCCAACUCAUCAAUUUCACCAAGUUCUUCGUCAACAGGCAUUAUUACAAGCAAUUCAACAUUUUCAUCCAUUCAAGCAAGAUCUCUAUUUUCAAAAACAAAAAUUAUACCAAAUAGAUUCUCAUCAUCCUACAAAAAAUCAAUUUCAAAUAUACCAAUCAUUACAUUGGAAGAAUACUAUAAGAAUUGCAUAAGGUUACCACCACACAUAUCUCAACAAAUCAACAGCAGUGGUAUUGGAAGUGGCCCAGGCGGUGCAUAUAAAGACACAAGCCACGGUUCAUUUGGAAUCGGUAAAAACUUUCAACCAAAAGCUCAAUUUGCAAGAUUUAGUGGUGAAAAAGCGGGAAAUUUCUUUUUAUGUUACUUUUCAUCUCAAGAAACUGAGGCAGUUGCAGUUGCACCUGAAAAUAUUUUAAUUCUUAACAAGAGGCUCAUAGAAAAGAUUAAAGAGAACGAUAAACUUUACCUCAGAAAACUUAUUCAUCAACCAUCAGAUGAAUUCACUAGAGAAUUAGUACUAAAGGGUAAAGAGAGUACAGUUGGUUACCUAAAUCAGAUCAAUGUUGAUUUAAAAUUUGUUCAAUUUGAAUCAUUAAAUACACCAAAUCUAUUGGCUUUGAAAAAAAUUAGGAUCAUGAAAUCUAAAGUGCAAUCUAUCCUUUCAGAAAACUCCCAUCCCCUGUACAGAGAAUUAGAUAUACAAGUUAAAAACGAAAUUAGUCAGUUCCUCACUCACAUGAAUGAGAGUCAAAUGUUUAUGCCAACCUACGGUAAUACACUAAAUGACUUGAAUGAAAACCAUUCACUAUCUAUGGCAAAAAGCAAAAUGAAUCAAAUUUAUGGUGAAAUAGAAAUGGCAUUGGAUAAAUUCGAAUUUGAAAAACUACAAUACCUCAACGCUAAUAGAAAAAAUGAAAUUACAGAAUGGUGGUUAAAAACCAUCGAAUCCAAAUGUUUAGAUUUCUUAGAGAAAAGAUAUUUCAAACCUUCAGCCAUUCCAGAUAACUAUAUCGAACAAGCUCCCAACAACAUAUUUGAUAUCUUUGAAAACCUCAAGAUUAUCAAACUAGUACUUAGCCCAAGUGAAAAUCAAAAACAGGUUCUUUUACAAAUGAUGGAAGAACAACAACAACAGGAAGUGAUUGCUGCAACCAAUAACAUAAACAGCAAUGGCCAAGGUUUAAGAAAAAGAUCCAAUACGCCUCAACUACAACAACCACAAAAAGAAACUUUAAACUUUUCACCAGUUGAGCUAAUUGAACAACUAAAGAGCGAGAUAUACCCAAUAAUUGAUGAUUUUAUUAAAAGAAGCCAUGCUGUAUUCUGUGAUAUUUUAAACGUCGAUAACCUAAACGAUAACAAUUCAAUUAAAGAUCUAUUAAAUGAAAGAAAACCAUCUAUGAAAUCAAAUUUAUUUUCUCAAUUAGAAGAUUUAUUAUCAGAUUUAGAAUAUUUGGAAGAAAUGAAGCGUUUAGAAGCCAACCCUGAGGCCACAUCAUUCCACAUUGUUCCAAUUAGUGGCUUAGUAAUUGGCUUCUUUGCAAGAAUCGAAAAUGAAUUAAAAACAAUUAUUGAACUAUAUAGUCCAGAUGGUCAAUAUAUUUUAAAACUAAAUGGACCCAUACCAAAACAACCACAAGAAAUUGUUCAAGAUAAUUCAUUUGUUGAAUUAUCAUUAAAUGAUAAUAAUAAUACAAAAGCAAACGCUUCAAAUAUAAAGAAUUCUAAUAUUAUAAUAGGUCAUCGUGUUGCUCAACAUUCAUAUUCAGAAUCAGAUAGUCCAUUAACUUUAACAAUUAAUAAGGUUGGUGCACAAAAUAGACCCUCUUCACCAACUAAUAAUAUUAAUAAUAACAACAACGCCAAUAAUAAUAGUUCAUUACCUACUAUUGAAGAAAAAUCAGCACUAAUCGAAUCAAUUAAAUCUACUGAUCCAACUUUAGUCGAAGAAACUAUAAAGAACUUAAUGGUUGAAAAUGAUGACAAUCUUAGCGAUAUUAUUAACGAACUAGAUAACGAUGGAUGGACACCACUUCAUAUAGCUUGCUC